CAUCACCAUUUUUCUUGCCUUCUUAAUUUUCGGAUUUAUUUACUUUGUUUGGAGUAAGAGUAAAAAAAUUCCAAGUGAGGAAAGAGCAAUGAAGAAUGGUGAUAUGUGCUCAAUAUGGAAUUACGAUGGACACAUUGCAUAUGAAGACAUAAUCAAAGCAACAGACGACUUUGACAUCAGGCAUUGCAUUGGAACUGGCGGGUAUGGUAGCGUUUACAAAGCACAGCUGCCCGGCGGCCAAGUGUUUGCUUUAAAGAAACUUCAUCGUUUGGAAGCUGAGGAGCCAGCAUUUGACAAGAGUUUCAGGAAUGAGGUGCAAAUGUUGACAAAUCUAAGACACAGAAACAUUGUGAAACUUUACGGGUUCUGUUUACACAAUCGCUGCAUGUUUUUGGUCUACGAGUACAUGAAAAAUGGAAGCUUAUUUUGUGCACUAAGAUAUGAUGAGGUGGCUGUAGAAUUGAGUUGGACUACGAGAGUGAACAUCGUCAAAGGCACCGCACAUGCUCUGUCUUAUAUGCAUCAUGAUUGUGCCUCACCAAUCGUUCACCGAGAUAUAUCAAGCAACAACGUUUUGUUGAAUUCGAAAAUGGAGGCUUUUGUAGCAGACUUUGGCACAGCUAGGCUGCUAUGUCCUGAUUCUUCGAAUCAAACUCUCGUUGCAGGGACUUAUGGAUACAUUGCUCCAGAGCUUGCAUACACCAUGGCUGUGACUGAGAAAUGUGAUGUCUAUAGCUUUGGGGUGGUGGCAUUGGAAACAAUUGUGGGACGGCAUCCAGGAGACCUCCUAUCAUCACUAUCGUCAUCAUCAUUAUCUGCUCAAAAUAUAAUUUUAAAUGAAAUGUUAGACCCACGCCUCUCCCCACCGGCUGACGCACAGGUUGCACGGGAUAUUGUUCUGGUUGCUACACUAGCGUUUGCAUGCCUGUGUCCUGAACCAAAAUACCGUCCGACAAUGCAACGAGUGUCUCAAGAAUUUCUUGCUCGCAGGACAACACUAGCCAAACCUCUUCACACAAUUUCUGUAUGGCAGCUAAAGAACCCAUAGAGACUGUUUCCACUUCAUUUAGUUCAAGUUAAUCCAAUAUGUAUGAUACUACUGAUGCUUCUAUAUUAUCAUAUGGUGUCUUCCAACACAGUAUAAUAAAUUGUCGG